GGGCGAUCAAACACGCCUCCAGACUUUGGGCUGAGGGGAGAGCCUGAAGCGGGGAAUAGAUACCCCCUCCAGAUCUUGGGCUGAGAGGUCAGAGCCCAGACCAAGGCCGGGGGACAGCAGAGAACAGAGGACAGACCCGAGGCCUGGGGCUUCAGAAAGCCACUGCGUGGCAAGCCCUAAGCGCGGGUGAGAAAAGCGGGCACCGGCCUUGAGCAGGGACAGAAAGAGAGACCAACCCCAGAGACGCCCUUCAUCUCCUGCUGCCCAGAGGUGACCACCCCCCCGGCAGGUUUAAGGCCCCUGGCUCUCCUCCCCUCCCUGCCCUCUCUGCCCUGGGCCUUUGACCCCUCCUACUGCCUCGCCCUCACUGACACCUUUGCCCCGUGACGUCAGUUCUGUGGUGCAGACCUGGUCCGCGGCCGGGGCUGCAUCUGACAGCCAUGUUCUCCCUGCCGUCCCCCACCUCCUGGAUCCCUGGCCUCUCCUCCUUGGAGUGGGUCUCGGGCCUCCUCCUCAACUCCCUACUGCAAGGCCUCAUCGGGGCCUGCGGAGUCUCUGUCCUGAACAACCUGCUGAAGGUUUACUUCUUCGUGGGCUGUGCCAACAACCCGGAGCGGCAGCUGGACAAGGAGCGGCUGCGGGCCCGGUGGGCCUCGCUGGACACGGUGCACCUGGCCGGGCUGGCCCUGAUCCUGACCAUCGUGGAGGUCCGGGUGGCCUCCCUAGUGGUGCUCGAGUUCUCCCUCAGGGCUGUCUCCACGCUGCUCUCCCAGGGCAAGGGCUCCCGGAGCACCGAGAGGCUGCAGCUGUACCUGCUGUGCCAGUACUCGCUGGGCUGCGGGCUGACCUGCGGCCUGAGCUUCCUGCAGGAGGGCGCCGCUCACCGCACGCUGAACCUGCUGCUGGGCCUGGGGCUGGCUGCACUGCUCAGCACUACCACCCAGCGCCUCCGCCGCCACGUCUGUUCCCUCUAUGAGCUGCACAGCAGCCAGCACUACUGUGGGGUUUGCCUGGGCCUGCUGGUCGGUGCACAUGGCCUCCCCCGGCUGCUGGGCCGCACCCUGGCCGUGGCCUUUGCUGUGGGUGACCUGGCAGCCGUGGCCCUCAUCAAUCGGGACUUCCUGACCACCUCGGAAGCUGUGCGCUUCUGGACGCCGCUCACCAUCUGCUACACCCUCCUGGUCAUCUACAUGCAGGAGGAGCAGCGGCAGCACCCUGGCCUGCAGAGCCAGGUCCAGACGGUGCUGGUGCGCAUGGGUGGCCUCUUCGUGCUGCUGCUGACCGUGGGCCGCUGGCUGGACCUCCUGGGUGUCUUCAUCUCCCUGCUGGGCGAGCUUUGGUGCCUGGUGGGCGUCCGAACUCUGAUUGACCUUUGCCAGAUACAGGACUUUCCCUCCCAGAGGCCUUCAGUGUCAGCCCCAAGCCAGCCCCGGCCCUCAGUGCCAGCCCAGGCCCAGGAGACGACCCGCUCCUGACCUGCCCCAGAGAGGACUCCUAGUCUGACUCAGGACCACCGGGAGCCUGGAGCCUGGACCCCGGCCUGAUGCCUGGAGGCAGACAGGCAGGGUCAGCCCCCACCUGGGACUUGAGGUGGGCACUGGAGCCCCCGAGAUGGAGGGGAGGGUUUGGGGCGAGGGCCCUCAGAAGGCGGGGGCAGCUGGAGGCCACUGGGCUCAUCCUUCAUACCUCCAGGUAGCCCCCUAACACCCGCCCCAGUGGGGGGGAGAGGGAUGGGGGAGAGGCGCGUCCUCAGAAGGGCUUCCCCCUUCCAGGCCUCUCUUGCCCUCUCCACAGA